GCCUUUUUUUUUUUUUUUCGUUUUUUCCCAUUUUCCAAUUCCUUUUCUCUUUUAUGUUUAUCUGAGGAAAAUCCCAAAUCAUUGUUGCAAAUUUGGUUUCAAAAUGGUAUACUUAAUAACUUACGGGUUUUGGUGUGUUAAACUUGCUUUGUUGUUUUCACUCUUGGAUCAGCAAAAGAAAGUGCUGGUGAACGCUGAUAUCUCUGCACUUGGUCCCAACAUGGAUCCAACAACAAGCGCUCUCUGCAACGUCAAUCUCAUGGACAUUCUCCCUUCUCCCUACCAGGAGCUUUCUGGGGCCACUUGUUCACCUGCUUGGCCUCAUUUUGCUUUUAGGUUUUUUCAAACUCCGAGUAAUAUUACUACCAUUGUAAUAUCAGGGGCAUAUAAUGGUAGUGGAUGGAUUGGAAUUGGAUUUGCAAAAGAUGGAACGACAGUAAAUUCCAGUGUCAUGGUGGGAUAUAUAGAUCCAUCUAGCAAACCAACGGCAAAGCAAUACUACAUAGAUCCCUACAAUCACUCCCUAGUCACACCAGACAUGGGUAUUCUGCUGCUUACCAAUGCUCCACCUGUUGUUGUUCUAAAAGAUUCUUACAUUUAUUUGGGAUUUCAGAUGCGGUUUAGAAACCGUAUUCACCAUAAAACAGUUCUAUUAGCUCAGGGGAACACAAAUCCUGUUGGAAAUCAAUUAACAAUGCAUACGACAGCAAAGUCCUUGAUUGUUGAAUUUGCUGCAGCUGUUAGUACUACUGGUGUUGGAAAUGGUAAAAACUUGAAGACGAACCAUGGAAUUCUGAGCAUUAUUGCAUAUGGAGCAAUCAUUCCAGCUGGUUCAAUUGUUGCUAGAUUCUUCAAGCAUCAUGAUCCUUUGUGGUACCAUAUUCAUUUUACAGUUCAGUAUAUAGGAUAUGUCUUCGCGCUAGCAGGCUUAGCAGCAGGAAGGAUACUCGAUGAACAGCUGGGUCACCCUGUUCCACAACACAGAGGGCUUGGAAUAUUUGUGAUUGUGCUCACUACUCUUCAGGUACUGGCAUUUGUCCUAAGGCCACACACGGACUCCACAUUCCAGAGAUACUAUCGUUGCUACCACAUCUGGGUUGGUAGAUCCAUUCUCCUCUUAGGGGCUGCGAAUAUCAUACUUGGAUUGCAACUUGGACAUGCAUGUACAGCCAUGAAGGUUACAUACUUUCUCCUUCUCGCAGCUUAUGUCAUUACCGUGAUUGUUUUGGAGAUACGUUCGUGGAAGAGAGCUCCUAGAAGCAUAAUAGAUGAACCUCCAGUCUUCAAGGUUGAAUUAGGAGAUGCAACAAAGACAAGUCAACUUCCCUCCACCCUGUAAUAAGAUAGCCAUUGCCAUGUAAAGGGCAGUUCCUUACUCUUCCUAGGGUCUUGGCAUGGCUAAGGGAUAUGGUGGAUUCAGACUACAAAGCAUUAAUCGAUUUCCUUCUUCUUCUUCUUCUUUUUGUACAGAACCUCAUUCAUGUUCAACACUGGAAGAAUCGCCCCACCAGACAGUUACAAUAAUUAGUUGAUAAUUAC